AAAACGAGCUAGUCAAUUAUGGUCACACUUGUUACCCAAGCUGAAGCCGCGUCAAAUUUGUUUACAAUUUCUUAAAUUGCACAAUUUACAACAAUGUCGCAGCCAGUUAAGAAAUGUGCAACAGAAUCAAUUGAGGAGUCCUACAAUCGGCACAUGCCAAUAGCAGCAAAAAUACAAGCAGAUUUCGAUAAAGCACUAAAGGAAAUCUUUGCAGAUAUGAGUCCUGAAUGCUUGGAGCCAUUUGCGGCGAUACUGUUGGAACAUGAGAACACUGUAAUGAACAAGGAGACUUUAAUCGAACGUAUCAGCUCAAAAAUGGGUCAAGUGUUGCCUCAGAUAAACGAGAGUUUCUUUGUUGCCAAUGAUGUGGGUAAAAAACUAAUAACAUUGGAGGUGCUGAAAGAAAAGUUUGAGCCUUACAAAGGGACCAGCUGGAAUGUUCACAAAUUGACCCCAGAGGAACGCACUCGCCCGGUACGCAUGCGUCUCAUGGAUUCCAGCAUACGCUUUAUUGAACACCAAUUAAAGUCGCAGGAGAAGAAGAUAGAGGAGGCCAUGGCGAAGACUAAAGCGAAUCGUGAGCUUAUACAGAAUAUUCAGAACGAUCGGGUCAAGCUUUAUGCGUUGAUGCAACAACAGUCGAGUUUUUAUAAGGAGAUUAAACCCAAACUAUUGGACCAGCACAAAAAACUGAUAGAAAAGGAAGAAGAAGAAUUGAAGUAAACAGUUAAAUCAAAAUAUUAAAUAAGUGUGUACAUAAAAAAUUUGAAUAAAACUAUUUGUCAAUUACUGAUUAACA